CAUGACACCACUAGUCUAUCCGCUAGCGCCUGCGGUUUGAAUUGACAUUGAGGCUCGAGCUUCUGAUCGAGCUUGUCCCUCGCGCACUGUCGCCAUCGAAUCCACACCGUUGCGUUUACCAAGCAUCAGAAGCUCUCUUUCUAGGGACGUCAGGCCUCCCGACCAGACGCUAUCCCUCCCGGAGUCCCGACCAGGGGCCAUGGCGUCUGCUGCUAACGAAUCCGGGCCUCCAUCCACUCCCCCUCCGGGUCAGAACCAGCCUGUCGGCGCGUCUGGCUCCGAUACCCCUCCCGUUGGUGUUCCCGCGGCCGGCACCCCUUCGUCAUCACCAGCCUCAGCCGCAGCGACGGCGGCGGGCGCGGCGGGCGCGGCGGUUGAGGAGCAGAUAAUGGAUCUUGAGUCGUACGCCGCGAAUUAUUCCGGCCACACGCGCAUCGUACGGCUGCGAUUCAUUGCGGAGCGCUGCGCCGCGAUUGGCCAGACGGCGAUGGAGCUGGAAGCGCUGCGAAUGGCGGCGGAUGAGUUAAAACGGGGGGAGAACAGCGCGGCUUAUAAGGAGGUAGUGGCGAAGAUCGCGGGCCGCCUGGGGCCUAAGUACGAGCUGGACCAGGAGUGGGUGGAUGCGGUGGAGCGACGGGCGGCGCAGAAGCAGGAGAAACUCGAAAUGGAGUUAAACGGGUACAAGACGAACCUGAUAAAGGAGUCCAUCCGCAUGGGGUACAACGACUUGGGCGACUUCUUCUACUCUAGAGGCGACCUUCAGCAGGCGUUCCGCUGCUACGUGCGCACGCGCGACUACUGCAUCACCAGCAAGCACACCAUCGCCAUGUGCUUGAACGUGAUUGUAGCGAGCGUGGAGCUGGGGCAUUUCGUGAACGUGAGCAACUACGUGCAGAAGGCGGAGAGGGGCAUGACGGACCCCAUCGUGCUCGCCAAGCUCAGGAGUGCUGCUGGGCUGGCGAGCCUAGAAGGACGCAAGUACAAAGCCGCUGCUAGGAAGUUUGUGGGCGCCAGCUUUGACAUGGGCAGCAGCUACUCCGAGGUGAUCGCGCCUCAAGACGUGGCUGUGUACGGGGGGCUCUGUGCGCUUGCGUCCUUCGACCGCGCUGAACUCAAGAGCAAGCUGAUAGACUCGGUCAACUUCCGCAACUUCCUUGAGCUCGUGCCAGAGGUCAGGGAGCUAAUAUACGACUUCUAUGCCAGCCGUUAUGCAUCUUGCCUCAAGUAUCUCGACAAGCUCCGCCCCGUUCUAGAGCUGGACCUGCAUCUGCACGACCACGUGGCAGCACUGUACCAGCAGAUUCGGCAGCGCGCACUCAUUCAGUACACUACUCCGUUUAUAUCCGUCGAUCUGCGCACGAUGGCUUCGGCUUUCAAUACCAAUGUGGCGGCAUUGGAGAAGGAGCUUGCUGCGCUUAUAAUGGAUAACCAAGUGCAGGCCCGCAUCGACUCUCACAAGGGCAUUCUGUACGCUCGCCAUGCUGAUCAGCGGAAUGCAACGUUUCAACGAGCACUAUCUGCAGGCAACGACUUUCAACGAGACACACAUGCUCUGCUGAUUCGGGCAAGCUUGUUGCGAGCUGAAAUGGGCACUAGGCCACAGCGCCUUUCUGGUAUAUAAGGAGCAACGUGGUGGAGAGUAAUCUUCCAGGAAUUGCCCUAAGCUUGUUUAGACCUUUAAGGGCUCGCUUUUAAAAUGUGUGUUACAGGAACAGGUUUCGCCAGGUUCGCCAGGACUCUGGCUUGGACGAACCAAGUUCAGUGUUCUGUUGUUUCUGCAGCUGUGUCAACCCUGCGAUUCGGCUGUGCGGCGUUCAGGUGGCAUUUCAUUUCCAAGCGAAGUUUGGUGGAAGCGAACCACUUUCAAACCGAUGAUUUAGGCUCGGCAAUGAGUGGUCUGGAUAAAUUGUCCUUCGCAGAGCCUCCGUUAGUGUCACACCUUCAUGGCAUUCGUGUGACCUGUCGUCGGCUUUGGCACCCGACUGUAACCCGCUUUCAAGGGUCGCCGUCAUCAGGUUCGCCGUUGCUCGUUAUGGCGAGGUUAGGAGGUGAG